UCCAUAGUAACAAAGAUCACGCAUUCGGCAAACGGAAAAAAAAGACAGCAGCAUUAUUUUUACGUAAACGAAUUAUCCAUUAUGACAAAAACACAAAAAUCCAACACACCCGAUACAGAUAAUGAUGAGGGGGAUCAGAGAUAGAUGAUAUCAGCAUUGUACGGCAGAUGCCAAAUCUAGAAAUCUGUAGUGUCAGUGUAAAUGACAUAACAACACUCAGAGACUUUGAAGAGUGUGAAAAUCUGCAGGAACUCUAUAUAAGGAACAACAAAAUACAGAACUUAACAGAUAUUUGCUAUCUGAAAGGAUUGGAGAAGUUGCGUAUAUUGUGGCUGGCAGAUAACCCAUGUGCAAACAGAGAAAAUUACAGAUUGACAGUGAUAAGAAAUUUACCUCAUCUGCAAAAACUUGAUAAUGUUGUUGUAGAGGAUGAGGAAAGAACUGCUGCCAAAGAUCAAGGGGAGGAACUCUCACUGCCUGAUCCAGAUCAAGGGAGUGAACAGAGUGAAGACAAAACAGUAAGCAAUGGGGAGACAACCCCUGCUGGAGAUGCAGAAAGUAAAGAGGCAAAAGCAUUACCAAAAGAUCCAGUCACUUUAAGCUGGGAAGAAACAAAUAAAAUCCGAGAACAACUUGGUUUAAAACCGUUACCCAUAGAGAAAAUUGGUUCCCCAAAAUCGGCACCAACUCAUUCUACAAGGACAAGAAAUGCCCAUGUGUUACAAGCUGUGUUGAUUCUUGUAAAAGAGCUUGACAGAGACAGUCUAGAGAUAGUGGAAACUGCAAUAAGAAAGCGAAUUGAAACUUUAUGAGAUUAUAGUAGCCAGAGAUAGAUAAUCCGAAGUCUAACCAGAUAAGCAUUUAUCAAGGUCAAGGUCUCUCUGUAAUGGCCUUGAUCUUUCCAGUACUUCUGUUGUUAACAUGUGACCUUGUUGUGUAUUAAUACUGUUAACGUUAAGGCUUGGAGUGGAGAUUGACAGUAUGGUAAGUGUUCUAGGAAGGUGUGGUAGGUUGUUUUUUUUACUCGGAAGUUGAUGAUCUUUGCAAAAGAUAUGGUAGAGAUUUUGAAGAAGGAACUGUAGAACUUUUGUGUUAUCUUUACUUGGUACUGUCAGUUAUUGUUCCCAAAUAUUUACAAAGAAAAUGUAAAGUGUGAUAUACAUGUAACUACCUGCCAAUACCUUCAUGCUCAUGAAAAAUAUUUAUAUAUCUUUCAUUAUUAUUUUUUGUAUUCUUUUGAAUGUUUAACAUCAUGGCCUUUUUUCUCAACAUUUUACCAUGUUUAACUGCCUUACCAUUAAAUGUCACCCUACUUCUCUUGAGACAUAUGACUGAUAUAAUGCAAUAAAAAUAAUGGUCUAAAUUACCUGUCUGAAUUUGCUAUGUAGAUGGGCUUGCAUGAUAAUGAAUUUGGGAUUACACAUGAUCAGAAUUCUCAUACAAAUAAUGCCUUUAUUGAGUAAAGUUUUCACAGUUCUGACUACACAUCUUGCUGACAUUAUACCAGUGUAUAAAUAUCAUGUGAAUUAGAAUGUGUUAGCAGAAAUUGUGAACCUGAGAAAUACAAUGUCAUCAGACUGAGGCUUAUAUUAUUUUUCAAAGGCUCGCACCUAGUAUACUGCAUAGGAUACUGUAAAUGCAAAUAUUUUCGCUGGGUCAAAAUUUUGCGAAUUUGAAAUUUUGACCAUGUUUGUGAGGUUAAAUAUUCGUGAAAUUGUAAAAAUGGUAUCAUACUUGAAUUUGAAGUAUAUUAAUACUAAUAGUGAAUAUUAGCGAGGGUUAAUUUUUGCGAGAUGUAGGGCCUCGCGAAUAUAGCAAAAACCCUCGCGAAAAUUUCUGCUUUUACAGUAUUUAUUUUGUUUUAUGGAAGAAUGUGAUGAUGACAAAAUUAGUGAAAAGUGUUAGAAUGUUCCAAAAAUAUAUAGCAAAUGAAUAUUUGAAAACCUAAUGUCUGUUACUAGAGAUAUGUGCUCUUUUUUAGGUGUGUAACAUCAUAAUGUUACAUGGUGAAUAAUAAAAAAAAUUGAAACUGCUGCAGAAUAAGAAUUUAUUUUGAGAUUUAUAAUAUGAUUUGACACUAUUUUGCAAAAGAUCUCUUUUAUUGUCACAUGUUUCCUCCCAGGUUAGUUGGUUUAUUUGACAGAUGAAUGUGUACUGGUAGUCAGUAAAUUUACCCUGUAAUUUUAUUUGAUACAUUAAUUGUUGUUACACUUUUAUUCAACAAACAAAUAUGUUGUAUUUUAUGUUACUGUGAUAUUAAGCAUAUAAGUGUGCAUCAGAUAUAAAGUGUGUUACCUGUGUAAGCUGCCUUAGAGGUUACCUGUAUUAAGCAGACACUUGUAUUAUGCAGCCUGUUAACAAAUUUCCCAUAUUUACUUUUUGUUCUACAUUCUGCCUGCCUUAAACAACCACUUUUCAUUAGCAACCAAAGUUCUGAUUCCCUUAGCUGACAGCUAAAUACGAGUUUGACUAUAUAUGGUUUAAGAGAACAUUCCGAGUAACCUCUUUACCAUUCAUGAACUUUUUAAGAUACUGGUUUACUUCUAAUUUAUGUUUAAAAUGUUUUUCAUUGAAAGGUCCAUUUCAAGAACACAGAAUUUUACCUGCAAUGUUUUAAACAGAAUUUUUCAAAGGGUAAAUAAUCAUCACUCUCAAUUUGCCAUCAUUUUAGGGGUAGUUGUUUAUACAAAGUUUGAUGGAAUUGAUUUAAGAACAAGCUAUUGAAGUUGUGUGAAAUUCAUUUGAUAAGCUGCAGUAUUGGGGUUAGACAUUUCUCAACUGGCACAGAUUCGAUUCGACAUUGUCCACAGGAGGAACCAGGUUAUACCAGGGACCCGUAGUGGACCUCUGUUAUGUAAGAAUGGGGUUAAAAAUAAAAUUCUAUUCCUGCAUUUUUAAUAAACAUGCAGUUGCUUAUAUAUAUUUUUACAUUUUUUACAGUUGAACUUGCCUUAUAUACCUGUAGUAAACAGCCAUCUGUCUCUAGCAGCCAAAUUUUGUGAUUUUCUUGGUUUGCUGCUUAGUAUAGGUUUGAUUGUAUUUCAUUAUUAAAGCUUAAGCUGAGUUAAGCUAAAGAAAUAGGGGAAAAAAAGUAUUAGCCUGCCAUUUUCUCAUUUAAUUAAUUUUCAUCCUAAUAAGUUUCUUAAACGCAAAGAUGCUUUUAAAGCAGUAUGUGAAGAAAACAGCUUCAUUGAUAAAUGAAGUCUCCUUUGAUUAUCAUAAGAUUUAGCGAAAUCUCAUUUUUUGUUCAUUUGAGAGUAUAAUAUAAUAUCUGUAUAUUUAAUAUCAUCUUUGCUUGAACUCAGUUGUGAAGAAAAUCAAAAGACUUUUUAAUCGGAAUCUGUACUUAGAGUUUCUAAUGCAUUGUUAUUGAAUAUGUUAUUUAGCGCAUAAUUAUUAUUAAUAUUAGUAUAGUGUGUUCUUUUUAAAUGGAGGAAAAUAUGUAGUUUGAUACACAUGUUGUGAUUGUAUUUUUCUUGGUUACAUGCAAGUGUUAAAAAUACUAAGGUAGUUAGAUGAACAUUCUAACAUGACUCGAUUUGAUUUCCAGUUAAACAAAGAAGGAGAUCAAGCUCUGUAUAUUCUGCGAUAAACAACAGUUGACGCGCGGACUGGUAAGAGUGCAAGCAGCAUUAUGACGUGAAAUUGCCGCAUGACGUCCGGUUCAUUACUCCUCUGGUUAAUGAAGUCCAGCAUAAUAUCUAUUAAAAUAUUUCAAUGAGCAUGUCAGAAUGAAAACAAUCAAGGCCUUCUUGUGAUUUAUCGUCUACUUUACCACAGUUCAUCGUCCAAAUGCUUUGAUUUCUAUUCCUACACAUCUGAACUCUGAACCAUGGUAAAUUAGGCGAUAAACCACUUGAAGGCCUUAAUUAUUUGUUAAGUAUAAUACGUAUUCUAAAAAUAUGACGAGUUUGGUUGCAACAAAUGUCUCAUUUUAUUUAAAAUUGUUAAAAAUCAAAAAUGUUUACCAUUUUGUUGAUUUUUUUUUUCUGUAGUUAUUAAGGUUCAUAUAAGAUUUUAAUUAAUACAGUUUUGUUCUAGUAUUGAAAAACAGAGUGCCAUUUUCUUGUGACUUGUAUUUGGAAUUUAUACAGUUACUAAAUUCAGUGUUCUUCUUAUUGCUUUUAUUUACAAAGUUAUUAUUAUCUGUAAUUUGUUAGUAUUUUGGUUACAACGAAACACUGCUUGCUCGAGCAGCUAUGAGUUGAGUCCCAGGGCUUACUCGAGCAGCUAUGGGUCUGUGCAAGAGCUGACUCGGGCAGUUGUGGUUGGAGUGCCACAGUUGACUGGGGCAGUUCCAUGUUGUCACCAGCUAUUUAAGUCAAAUUUUGGUUAUCUUGAAUAAAAUGCUUGAUCCCUUGGAAUUCAAGAUUCUGAGUUUCAACUUUUCCUGACAUAAUGAAGGUCCUAUCACCUCUGCACAAGGUAUAGUGUAUUUUUUCUGUACACCAUUAUUUACAUCCAGAUCUGUAUUACUGUAACACGUGAUGACAGGAUGGUUACUGAAUGAUGUGUUUAGUUUGUUACUGCAUUUCUUUUUAUCUAAUGAUUGAAAGUCUUAUUUUCUUAUUGCAGUGUUAGAACUGUUCUAAUGGACUGUUUAUACAAACAUAGUUAUAUUUUAUUAUGUUGUGUGUUCAUAAUGCAUGCAUUUAAUGCAGAUAUAAUACAAUAUUUUAUUUGAAACAGCGUGAACUCUGCUUACAGUGCCUCUUUGUUAUUCAGGAUUAUAUGAGCUGCGCCAUGAGAAAACCAGCACAGUACAUUUGCGACCAGCAUGGAUUUAGACCAGCCUGCGCAUCUGUGCAGUCUGCUCAGGAUUCAUGCUGUUCACUUUCAAACCGUUAGUGAACAGCAUGGAUCCUGACCAGACUGCGCGGAUGCGCAGGCUGGUCUGGAUCCAUGCUGGUCGCAAAUGCAUUAUGUUGGUUUUCUCAUGGUGCGGUUCAAUUAUAUAUUGUAUUGUGUUUCUUUUAUGCCUCUACAGUGUAUUUAUCAAGAUCUAAGAGAUAUUUCUUAUUGUUUUUAUGUUCAUUAAUCAAUUAGCCGUCCAUAAUAAAAUAUUGCAGUAUCAGUCGACCUCAUUUUGAUGAGUGCUUUCAUAGAUGAUAUGGUUACUAUUUUCUUUCCUAUACACAUGUAUAAUUUAUUGUUAAAGUAAUUUUUAUAAUCUUGUGCCAAAAGUGGAGGGAUAUAGUAUUGGCAUCUGUCUGUCU